CUCUUUCCGCCAUCGGCCUGUGCCGCCACAAUGGUGCGCAUGAAUGUCCUGGCUGAUGCUCUGAAGAGCAUCAACAACGCCGAAAAGCGAGGCCACUGCCAGGUCCUCAUCAGGCCGUGCUCCAAAGCCGCCGGCCGGUGUCUGACUGUGAUGGUGAAGCACAGUUACGUUGGCGAAUUUGAAACGAUGGAUGACCACAGAGCUGGGAAAAUAGUUGUGACCCUCACAGGCAGGUUGAACGAGUGUGGUGUAAUCUGCCCCAGGUGUGAUGUGCCACUCAAAGAUCUAGAAAAAGGGCAGAACCACUUGCUUCCGUCCCGUCAGCUUGGUUUCAUUGUGCUGACAGUCUCAGCGGGCAUCAUGGACCAUGAGGAAGCAAGACAAAAACACAAACAGGCCGAAGCCGGGAAGGAAAAGCCUUCCCAGAGUACCUCUAAGCCAGCCUUCCCGGGUAAGGUCUGA